AAAGAUAGAUUUCAUACGGUCUAUCGCUGAAAAGCCACACGUGAACCAGAAAUAAACAACAAAUCGAGUACUUUUAAUGUAAUUUUGAACGGAAGGCGAGGGGAAAUCAGUCGAUCCUACAUCCGAAAGGCUGUGAGAGCGAGAGGAGGACAACGCUGCCCCGCUAAACAUAAAAUGGAAAACCAGGACAGAGACUCCGGAGAGGUCAUUCCUGUGGUGAUUAUCGGUAACGGGCCCUCUGGGAUCUGUCUCUCUUACCUGCUCUCUGGUCACACUCCGUACGUGGCCCAGGAUGCGGCUCACCCAAACCCUCUGCUCCAGCACAAACUGAGGGAGCAGCCCCACCUGUCUCUGCUAGAACAGGACCUGGAGUACCUGUGUGAAGGUCUGGAGGGGAGGUCUUCUAACCCUGUGGCAGUGCUGUUUGACUCUCUGCUGCUGCCGGACAGUGACUUUGGCCUGGAGCACUCGUCUCCUCUGAUCUGGCGACAUGAGCCCGAGCGAGCCAUCCCUCACCUGGUGCUGGGGAGAGGGCCCCCUGGUGGAGCCUGGCAUGCAAUGGAGGGGUCCAUGUUGACUCUGAGUUUGGCAAACUGGAUGGAGCUGCCGGGACUCAAGCUCAAAGACUGGCUUAGAGAGAAGCGCAGAAAUGUGCGAAAUGACAGGGCCACACCUGCAGAGAUAGCCUCAUAUUACCAGCACUACGUCUCCCAGAAGUCUUUGGAGCAGAACUUUGCCUGCGGGACGACAGUUACCGAGGUGACCAGAGUGCACGGCGACGGAGAGCAGCCGUGUUGGAGAGUGACCGGAAUCCAGCGCCGCGAAGGAGAGGAGCUUGGAGAUGGCUCCACAGUCUCGCAGGAGGUCCCAUUCUCCAUUAUGGCGCGUAACUUGGUUUUGGCGACGGGGACCCACGACAUCCCGGCACAUCUCGGAGUCGACGGAGAGAUGCUGCCCUUCGUCUGUCACUCGUUCUGGGAGCUGGAGGCCGCCAUCUCUCGCGGCGAGCUCGACCAAUCAUCUGAGCCCGUUCUGGUGGUAGGAGCGGGCCUUACGGCUGCAGAUGCAGUACUGGCCACUCACCACCUGAGUGCACCUGUGUACCACGUCUUCAGACGCUCAGUGACCGACCCAGGGCUCAUAUUCAACCAGCUGCCCAAACUGCUCUACCCAGAGUACCACAAGGUUCACCAGAUGAUGACGCAGCAGCAACACGGCUCUCCCUCCUCCUACUCUUCCUCUUCGUAUCCAAAUUACCUCAGCUUUCCAAAACACAGAAUCAUCAAAUUUCUCCCAAACAAAAAAUGCAUCCUUGAGUCAGACUCGGGCCAGCAGACAGCAAUCCAGGUCUCCAAAGCUUUAGUCCUCAUCGGAUCCUACCCAAAUCUCUCCUUCCUCCCCGAUCACGGCCGGUCACUUGGAGUCUACCCAAAUGAACCUAUUUCCUGUCGGCGGAACCCCAUUGAUGUUGACCCGUUCACGAACCGGGUCACGGAAGCACCCGGGAUGUAUGCGAUGGGCCCGCUCGUGGGAGAAAACUUUGUUAGGUUUUUAAAAGGGGGAGCGCUAGCAAUCGUUAGUGACCUGCUCAAAAGGCAACGGCUACAAGAGGAAGACCCGUGGGUGAGGGCAGACACAGAGUGGAGCAUGAAGGGGUGAUGGACAAGAAGAAGCAGGUUGGACUUGGAAAACAAAAUGUCUGCUGUAAAAAAAAAAAGAAGAAGAUUGAGGAUUUCAGAAGAGCAAAGUGCAUUAUCCACAAAGUGCUAUGUUUUUUCAUCAUCCGUCAAUACCAUCUGAGUAAAGCCUAUAGAAAGCUGCUGGUUAUAAAGUAAAAAAAAAAAAAGUAAAAAAUAAGGCCAUGGAAGUAUAAUAAGAACUGGGAGAUGAACCCAAGAUGGCGUGGUGUUGUCAAGUGCCUAAAGAGAUUUUUUAAUUUCCGCAUCACUUCUUGAAUAUUGGCCUUGCCCCCCUCUGAGGCUAAAUCUUGCAAAAACUAACUUUAGGCACUUUGAAAAUUUAAAACAAUUCUAAAAAGUUCAUAUUGUAAAAAUAUAGAAGAAUCUCUACAAAAUACAAAUGCUAUGAAAAAAUAUUUAAAAGUGCAGCUGGAAUAACUCCCAACAUCAAAAAUUUAACAAUAAAAUAAGAAGAAAAGUGAAUUUGUUCAGCAAUAAUGUAGAUCUUUUACAGAUUUUAUUGCAUUCAAACUCAAAUAAUCUAAAAGUUCAUAAUUUUAUUAUAAUGUAUGUUCAUGUACUCACUUUAUUUUAUUUUUUAACCAAUAAUGCAAAAUAUGUAUUACAGACAACAUCACUGACAUUCCCAAUUUCUUUCGCAUCUUCUCAAAAAAAUAAAAAUAAAUAAAUGCAAACAAACAAACAAACAAAAAUAACAGUUCUACCAAUUACAAAACUGGGUUAUUAUUAUUAUCAUCAUAUCUUUAUGCCACAAUGUCUGAGCAUUGUCUUGAAUUGCAUUUUCGAAAUGAAAUGCGCACAUUUUUUAAAGAGAGGCAGUGGCAUUUUAACCAUUUUAAGUACUUUUUAUGUAUAUUUAUGAUUGUAUAUUUAUCUGGUAAAUUACUAACUUUUAAUAUUAAGGAAAGUGGAUUUGAUUGUAUAAUUGUAUAAUAUGGUGUUACAUAAUACCUGGAGAUAUACUGAAAUUUUAAUAUGCACUAACUUCUAUUGUUUGUCCAAUAACGCUAAAUGAAAUUCUGUCUCUUAUUUUAUAUGGAGUUUAAACUAUUUUUUGUACAGUUUGAUUAUUCAUGGUGUGGACAUUUAACUAUUAAAGCUUUUAUACAUGGAGAAAAUAAA